CCCUCUCCCUUCCGCUGUCACCUAGGCGACUCGCCGGUGAAGCGGCGCGGUCGGACUACAACUCCCAGCAUGCCCCCGGGAGGGGCGGGUCACGUGAGCGUCCGGAAACCCUGGCUGCCGGGGCGCGGGUGAGGUGGCGGCGGGGACGACGGGCUGCGGGCAGCGGAGCGGAGCGAGCGGAAAGAAGAAAUGAUGUAAAUAAUUUACUGUCCAAACUUUGAGGUCAGAGGUCAGAAGGAAGAUCAGGAAGACUAUGGCCUGGCCAAAUAUUUUUCAAAGAGGAACUCUGUUCUCCCGAUUCAGCCAUCAUCACGUUGUUGUGUUCUUGCUCACCUUCUUCAGUUAUUCGUUGCUCCACGCAUCAAGAAAAACUUUUAGCAAUGUCAAAGUCAGUAUCUCUAAGCAGUGGACCCCAAGUGCUUUUAACAAGUCCAUUAGAUUGCCUGUAGAGAUCUGGAGCAGCAACCAUUUGUUCCCCAGCGCAGAGGAGGCCACUCUUUUCCUUGGAACGCUGGACACCAUUUUCCUCUUCUCUUAUGCUGUGGGCCUUUUCAUCAGUGGAAUUGUUGGAGAUCGGCUUAAUUUGCGAUGGGUUCUGUCGUUUGGCAUGUGUUCUUCUGCACUAGUGGUGUUCGUCUUUGGCCCUGUCACAGAAUGGCUGCAUUUCUACAACAAGGGCCUCUACUGCUGUCUGUGGAUUGGGAAUGGCCUGCUGCAGUCUACCGGUUGGCCCUGUGUGGUUGCGGUUAUGGGCAACUGGUUUGGGAAAGCGGGACGAGGAGUUGUUUUUGGUCUCUGGAGUGCCUGUGCAUCAGUGGGCAAUAUUUUGGGAGCAUGCCUAGCUUCUUCUGUUCUGCAGUAUGGUUAUGAGUAUGCCUUUCUGGUGACCGCGGCGGUGCAGUUUGCUGGUGGGAUCAUCAUCUUCUUUGGACUCCUGGUGUCACCAGAAGAAAUUGGUAUCCCAGGUAUUGAGGCAGAAGAAAAUUUUGAAGAAGACUCACACAGGCCAUUAAUUAAUGGUGCCGAAAACGAAGAUGAGUACGAACCUAAUUAUUCCAUUCAAGAAGGCAGCACUAUUACCCAAGUCAAGGCAAUCAGCUUUUAUCAGGCCUGUUGUCUUCCUGGAGUUAUACCGUAUUCACUGGCCUAUGCCUGCUUGAAGUUGGUAAAUUACUCCUUCUUCUUCUGGUUGCCCUUUUAUCUGAGUAACAACUUUGGAUGGAAGGAGGCUGAAGCUGACAAGCUGUCCAUUUGGUACGAUGUUGGAGGAAUUAUAGGUGGAACUUUGCAAGGUUUCGUCUCUGACGUGUUACAGAAGAGAGCCCCGGUUUUAGCUCUGAGCCUGCUUCUGGCAGUUGGGUCCCUCGUUGGAUACAGCCGUUCUCCAAACGAUAAGUCCAUUAACGCACUUCUGAUGGCGGUUACAGGAUUUUUUAUUGGUGGACCUUCUAAUAUGAUUAGCUCUGCUAUUUCUGCGGACCUGGGUCACCAAGAGCUGAUCCAAGGGAGCAGUGAGGCUUUGGCGACCGUCACAGGAAUUGUUGAUGGAACCGGAAGCAUUGGAGCAGCGGUGGGCCAGUAUUUAGUGUCUUUGAUCCAGGACAACCUGGGAUGGAUGUGGGUGUUCUACUUUUUCAUUCUCAUGACAAGUUGUACGAUUCUAUUUAUCUCACCAUUAAUAGUGAGGGAAAUACGCCAUCUUAUGCAAAGACGACAGGCUCACUCACUGAGUGAGUGAGUGGUGCCUGCAGGAGAAAAGAACACUGGGAGACGCAUCAGGACUCUUCUCUCUUUUAAUUCACCCUAUUUGGGCGUUGUCUUAAGAGCUCCAACGAAACCUCAGAUCGGCAAGCCUCUUUCACCUUGUGACGCUGACGAUUGGUGAAGGCUGGGCUGUUUUUCUGCACUACACAAAUUAUCGUGGAUGAUUUUAUUGCUGUCGUUCCAUAAACGUACUGAGUGGCCUAUGAAUCUGCCAGCGUCUUUACUUGGCCUGUUGAGAUUUAUCCUUUUCACCUUAAGUACUGUAUUGGACCUGGACUGGAUUCUCCAGCCCGGAAAGUUGAGUGACCAUGAGACAGUUGCACAUGGUUCGUAUCAGUCACGGGCUCCAUGAAUAGGAAAGGAUCAUUGGAUUUUGCUUUGAUAAUGAGUUUGCAGAGAGCGGCUCAUCUUUGAAGCAUCAAAUCCUGGUCGAGUGCUCAAGCUGGAUCAAGCGUAAGGCUGCCUUGGACAAAGAAUCCCUUUGUUAAACUGUGGUGGGAAAAUCACACUACAUGGUGACUGGCUCGGUCACUCUGUAUCUGAUCUAAAGUUAUUCAGCUCUGGAUGCAGAAAUAUCUUCAAAUUAUUGUCAGCUCAUUCUCUUCUGUCUUCAUUCAAAAUUUACUUCGAUUCCUGGAAGUAUUCAGUCUUCCUUUCAAGGACCAUAAGGUACAUCAUCCGUUGUUGUGAACAUUCCAAGGUGUAGCUCACAACUGAAGUACUCCACCCCAGAUUUGCUGUCUGGGAACGUUAGGAUCCACUAGGAAGCUAAUCUCCUUAGCCCUGUUUUCAGAGAAUUGAUCUCUCUCACGACCGGGUUCCUUGAGUUACCUCAGCAGAAGACUAGAAUUAGAGGAAAAAUCCUAGUAAGUGUUAGGUAUGUGACCUUGAAUCAUAUUAAUGGGUUACUAGGGCCUGAGGACUAGGCAUCUAUUCUUUAGAAGUUUGUAGUGUGUAUGUCUUCAAGGCUGUGAAUUCUAUACUAAUUACCGAUAUGCUAAAGUCAUUCUGUAUAUAUAUAUAUAUAUUUUAAAUUAUGGACACAAACUAGGGGGAAAAUGUGCAAUUUUGAGGGCUGCCUAAUUCACAUUGGGAUAGGGAAUAUUUUUCAGCUUCUUACUUUAUACUGUAAAGUGUGAUGUGUUUAUGGACUUGUUAAUGUUAUUUAAUCAAGCAGAUUUCCAAUCAGUUAAUUGCUCAUUACUGACAAAAAAAGGGACAAUAUGAAACACAGGAAGGGAAAAUAAACUGACUUUUGUAGUAAA